AUGUCAAGCAUAUCUGUUGUCGAGUCAUCAACUCAAGGCUCACAACUAGUAACAGCAACAGCCGUUCCUGCAGAUUUAUCCACGCCCAACCCUGCAGAGUUUGUCAUUCUCGAGGCUGCUGAAGAAGAACCUCGUGAAACCGAUGUUCUAAAACGGAGCAGUAGAAGACUCAGACGACGCAGCAAUGCCGAUGCGGCAUUGAGUAACGGUUCAACCGAUGCAGCAUCUUCACUUGUUGUUUCUACAGAGAUAAAGCCCAAACAAGUGGUAAAAAUCAGCAUCUCCAAUAAGUAUCUCUCAGGAACAUACUCUGAACGGAUCGGCGAGACCAUUUAUCCCUUUUACAAUGACUUGAGAAUUGCAUAUAUGCAUACCAUCAAGGACUAUCCCAUAGGAUGCAAAAGCUACAUUUCUCUUUCAGAUGUUUUUAAGUUUACGGUAGACUUAAUUCUUAGAGAAGGUGUUCGACUGAGCUUACUGACCCCCGACGAAAUCGUUGCUACUGACGAGGAAUCUUUUGAGUCUUCGGAAAUUUCUGAACAAAUGCUUGCAGAUCUUGAAGAAGAAUACGAAAAUGAAAUUCUCAAGGGAUUCCAAAAAGUUUAUUCGGAUGUUGUAGAACAAUAUGGCGAAUCUUUUGUGGUUUAUACUAAAAAUGGUCCUCUUUUUACGUCAUUAAACGGCAAGUCUUCCCUUGACAAUAGAGACACAAUAACUGGUAGACCAAGUAAUGUUGCCAACAGUGUCAGUACAACCCGAAUUCUACCACAAAUAUCGCCCAUGACCAAUUACCAAAUGGCAUUUAUUUCCCCUAUAAUAUCAUCUGUUCCACACCCAUCAAUUCCUCCCACUGUUUUGCUUUCCGGGUUUACACAUCCCAACUCGAUGCCCCAUCCAGCGCCCAGAUAUUUGCGUUACCAAGAGACACAGAGCUUUUCUCCAUCUUCUGAUGCAUCGAAUUCACUGUUAGACAAAGACCUGGUAGAUGCUUUAUGGUACGAAAAGAUCAGCCAACGACGAAUGAUUACUGAACAAGAGAUGUUAGAGAUUCUGGGAAAGAAAAAGGAUGAUGAUGAUGUCGAAAUGACUGAUGUACCUAACGAGGAGAUCACUGAAAAAGAAAAGAAGACAGAUAAUAAAGAAGUGACUGAAAAUGGCAGUAGCGAUAAAUCAAACCAUAAGUCUGUGGAAGAAGACGAAGGUGGUGAUAUUGACUUCACACAAGCCUUGUUAUGGUCUCCCACACACUUCAUUGAUGACGACGAGCUGGAGGCCGCCCAAAACGGUACGGAAGUGGAGCUCAUCUCCGAGCUGAUACUGGAGCUUCAGCGACUACAGAACCAGCGACUAGCUAAAAACGAUGAAACUGAGUUUUUGGUAAGCAUGGAAGAACGAAGGCUUGCAAGCAAGAUCCAAAAUGGGUUGGCACGAGUGUUGGAGCUGGACGGCAUUACACCGCAGCAGCUUGGUGUUGAGCUAAAUCCGAAGUACCCAGUUCUUCAAGCUGUGUACCAAGGUACGCUUCCUGUACCCGAAAUUCAACAACCCAAGUAUCCUGGCUUGAACGCCGGAGGUUCAAACACAGUUGGUGCGGUGAAGCAUGGACGAUACACACCUGUGCGCAGGCGCCGAUGA